AUGGCCAGGCACGACUCCAACACCAUUAUCAAGUUUGCCGAUGACACAACAGUGGUAGACCUCAUCACCGACAACGAGGAGACAGCCUAUAGGGAGGAGGUCAGAGACCUGGCCGUUUGGUGCCAGGACAACAACCUCAAGACAAAGGAGAUGAUUGUGGACUACAGGAAAAGGCAGACCGAGCACACCCCCAUUCUUAUCGACAGAGAGCAUCCUCUGAAUGAGAGAGAGAAAGUAAGAGUGGCAGAGAAAAAGAGUGAGAGUGAUAAAAGAAAGAGAGAUAGAAAAAGAGAAAGAGAGAGCGCUUGUACAGAGAUUCAAAAAGGGAGAGAGAGGAGAGUGUUCGUCACCGAUCUCUCCUUCAGCUUCCUACUCCUGGGGUUCGUGGCCUGUGGCCUGGCCCUGCUGGGCGUCAUCGUCUUUGCCUCCUGGAAGCUGUGCUGGCUGCCCUGGCGCACCAAGGACCUCUCCUCCAGUGCCACUGCCCUUGCCCCCGCCGCCGCCCCCCCCUCCUCUGCCUCUGACAGACCCUACGACAGAGCCUUCUCAGCACAUGCCCUCAGGCCUACUCUCGUACGCGCACACACGCACGUGCACGCCAUGGCAUCUGACAAGCUGAAUCCUUCGGAUCCGGCGAGUUUCCUGGAGGCUGCGGUGAAGAUCAGCCACACGUCACCUAACAUCCCUGCCGAGGUGCAGCUGUCCAUGAAAGACCACUUCCUACGCCGCACGCGCAUGGCCAGGCAGACCACCGAGCCUGCCUCCUCCAAUAGGCACAGCUCCUUUAAGAAGCACCUCCCCCGACAAAUUCACCAUGUCACCAGCCUUGACCGAGGCAGCGACUUCCCCUAUGCAGAGGACCAACCCACCAGCCUGGCCAGUUUGGGUCGCAUUCAGCCAGAGCUCUACAAACAGAGCCCCCUGGAGGCCGACGAGUCCUCCAAGACCUGUGGCAAGAUCAACUUCUCCCUCAAGUACGAUUAUGAGUCCGAGGCGCUCUUCGUCAACAUCCUCAAGGCCUUCGACCUGCCUGCCAAGGACUUAUGCGGCAGCUCCGACCCCUAUGUCAAAAUCUACCUCCUGCCUGACCGCAAGCGCAAGUUUCAGACUCGCGUCCAUCGCAAGACUCUCAACCCCAUGUUUGACGAGUCCUUCCAGUUCACAGUGCCCUACGAGGAGCUGGGCAGCAGGAAGCUGCACCUGAGCAUCUUUGACUUUGACCGCUUCUCCAGCCACGACAUGAUCGGCGAGGUCAUCCUAGAGAACCUGUUUGAGGUGUCGGACCUCUCUCACGAGACGGCCAUCUGGAAGGACAUUCAGUACGCCACCUCUGAGAGUGUAGACCUGGGGGAGAUCAUGUUCUCUCUCUGUUACCUGCCGACCGCAGGCCGACUCACCAUGACCGUCAUCAAGUGCAGAAACCUCAAGGCCAUGGACAUCACAGGAUACUCAGACCCAUAUGUCAAGGUCUCCCUGGAGAGUGACGGACGGCGCUUAAAAAAGAGGAAAACCACCAUCAAGAGGAACACUUUGAACCCCACCUAUAAUGAAGCUAUCAUCUUCGACAUCCCCCCUGAGAACAUGGACCAAGUCAGCCUGCAUAUAUCCGUCAUGGACUAUGACUUGGUGGGACACAAUGAGAUCAUAGGUGUGAACAGAGUCGGCAGUCAUGCAGAGGGACUGGGUAGAGACCACUGGAACGAGAUGUUGGCCUAUCCCCGCAAGCCCAUCGCUCACUGGCACCCUCUCCUGGAGGCCACCGAAUCUCAGAAAGAGUGGAAAACCCGCAAUGCAAGCUUUGACAGCCAAGGCUCCUGCCCCUCUCCAAGACUUCUGUCUAGUCCAUGAGGGAGGAGCCAGAAUUUAUACUACACUACUCUACGAAGCCUGCCCUGCAACAAGGCCUGAAAUAUUGGAGUGUCCCAGACCCAUAAAUUCUGUGGCUCAAAAUAAGUAAAGUGCAGUAAGUUAUUCUGGAAUAACAGUCGGUUUACACUGGACAUUAUCUCCCCAGCACACAGACACAGAAAUGCAGACAAACACACACACACUUCUCUUGUGCCCUCUUGGACAGCCACUUUGUCAUGGAAUGUAUAGUGUGUACUGGGUCUGGUGGGAUCAGUAUUAUUGCAACAAUAUUUUUGCAGUUGAGCUCAGCCUGGUGUUUUUAUACAUCUGAGGUUAACAUCUAUGUGUAUCUGUCUGAAGUGUGGUCAGGGCAUUAUGGCAGUCUUGUGAACAUACGGUACACCAUCAUAUUAAAUAGGUCAAAUGUUAUAGUUGCUGCUGUUGAGUGCAGGAUGUUCUUGAAGUACCCUACGACUUACAGUAAGUACCCUCUUACAGCAAGUCCAAAACAAUCAACAGGGUAUUCUGAAGUGAACCAUUUUAUACACAUUUGUAUUGUUACUUAAAUAAUUGUUGGUUUACUACAGUGGAUGUUCCAGGAUGACAAGUGUUUCAUCCCUCUACUUUAUUUGUAUUUGUUUUAUGUACACAACAUACACCAUACCUGGCUAUCAUAUGUUUUUGACGUCUUAAGUGUAGCUGCAUUACGUGCUAAAUAGGUAGCUAGCAUCAUUACAAACAAUGUGGUUUGGUUUGUGGUGGUACUGUUAAAAUUACACUGUAGGUAUGAACUUAAUGUACAACAGUAUAUGUAUAUAAUGCCCUUUGAUACUGACAUCAAUAAUAGCACUGUAUUUAGAAUCACAUAGUUAUUAUAUUAUCCACAUGACUAUCUCCCUGAACUUACUUUUCUGUUUCAAUUUCACAGUGACUACAGCUUCACUGCUCUGUUUUCCUAUUACCUGUGAAGUAUUUGCCAAUAGUCUCCUGUUCAGGCAAUGUCAUGUACCUUCAGGGACUUGGCUUGAUCCUUGACUCAUUUGCAUCAUCAGCCUUGUGAUAAGUGUUUAAAAUAAGGACUCUCCUGUUUUUUCCAAGCAAUUUAGAGUCACUUUCCACUUUUGUAUUGAACAUUUGUAUUUGUAACAACUGUUUCCAGGCAUCCCUUGUAUUUUAAAGAAAUUACAAUAAAGUUGUUUAUUCUGGUUCUAA